AUGUGUGUGCCCCCUCUCUGCCUGCUGCCUCUUGUCCUGAUGGGCCUGGGGGCUGGGACCCCAACCCAGGAGAUGCCCACUGUGCCUGGACCCCCAGCCACAGAUACUGGGGGACUGAUCUUCAGCUGGGACUGGGAUUGGGAGGCCCCUGAGCCCUGGCUGCCUAGGGUACCCCAUGAGCCUCUGUGCUUGGUAAUGCUGAACGGGGGCAGCAGCGUUCCCCUGCAGGUGGUGGGGGCUCCGAGCCCCUCGGAGCAGGCUUUCCUCCAGGCAGUGCGGAGAGCACGCUGGGUGCCCCAGGAUCUGGCCAUGUUUGGGGUGUGCAGCACCAGCUCCGACCAGCCCGCCCUGCAGAAUCUUCAGCGACUUGGGGCCCGGCUGGGGGAGCCUGGGGGGCUGCGCCUGGUGGUCCUGCACUUGGAGGAAGUGACGUGGGAGCCUGUACCUGCCCUGAAAUUUAAGGAGCCUCCACGAGGAGCAACUGGACCCCAAGAAUUGGCCCUGCUGGUUCUGUACUCUGGGCCAGGCACCGAGGUCACUGUCACAGGGACCGGACUACAGGGCAACCAGAGCCUCUGCCCCUCGGGAGACACCCGCUUCCUAGUACUGGCCUUGGAUCAACCUUCGGGGGCCUGGCAGGGACGCGGACUCGCCCUGACUCUGCACAACCGUCAAGGCGCAUCGCUGAGCCCUGCCCAGACGCAGGCACUGCUGUUCGGCUCAGAGCCCCGCAGCUUUCGGCGGCCAAGCCCGAUUCUGCUUCUGCUGCCCACUCCUUCGCCCUCACCCACGCCGCUGCCCGCACAAGGCCGUCUGGACACCGCUCCAUUCCCACCGCCCAAGCCGUCUCUGUCUCCGGAGGAGCUGCCGGCCCGCCCUGACCCCUUCCUGGAGACGCUCACGCGCUUGGUGCGCGCUCUGCGGGGGGCCCCGGGCCCAUCCUCGCCUUCCCGGCUAGCCCUGGACCCGGGCGUGCUGGCCGGCUUCCCGCAGGGCCUCGUGGUCAAUCUGUCGGACCCCGCAGCGCUGGAGCGCCUUCUGGACAGCGGCGAGGAGCCGCUGCUGUUACUACUGCUGCCCACGGCCCGCGCUGGGGACCCCGCAACGCCGCCCGGCCCCACGUCCGCCCCCUGGGCCGCGGGCCUGGCUCGUCGGGUGGCAGCGGAGCUGCGGGCGGCUGCUGCCGAGCUGCGGGGACUCUCGGGACUGCCACCCGCCGCCCCGCCUCUGCUCGCGCGCCUGCUGGAGUUGUGCCCCGACGGCUCGGGGGACCCGGGUGCCCCGGGGGAGCCGCUCCGCGCGCUGCUGCUGCUGAAGGCGCUGCAGGGGCUGCGCGCCGAGUGGCGGGGCCGCGAGCAACGUGAGCGCGGGGGAUCGGCGCGGGCCCAGCGCAGCGCGGGUGCCGCCGCCGCCGACGGGCCGUGCGCGCUGCGGGAGCUGAGCGUGGACCUGCGCGCCGAGCGCUCCGUGCUCAUCCCCGAGACGUACCAAGCCAACAACUGCCAGGGCGCGUGCAAGUGGCCGCAGUCGGACCGCAACCCGCACUACGGCAACCACGUGGUGCUGCUGCUGAAGAUGCAGGCGCGGGGCACCACCCUGGCACGGCCGCCCUGCUGCGUGCCCACGGCCUACGCGGGCAAGCUGCUCAUCAGCCUGUCCGAGGACCGCAUCAGCGCGCACCACGUCCCCAACAUGGUGGCCACCGAGUGCGGCUGCCGCUAACCCGCAACCCCGUAUUUAUUCCGCCCCGAUUGCACCCCAAUAAAAAAAAAUCAGCAAGACCCA